CACAGACGCUGUAAGCAUGAAAAAGAGACGCAAACAGCCGAGGACAGAAAACAGGCAGGAGGUUAUUUCAGAUCCGGAAGACGAGCAGCGAGUUCACGUGGUGUGAUAAUUCAGUAUGGUGGACAGUGUUUACCGCACUCGCUCUCUCGGUGUCGGUGCAGUCGGUCUUCCUGAUCAGUAUGCCGACGGUAAAGCAGCGAAAGUGUGGCAGCUGUACAUCGGGGACACUCGGAGCAGGACAGAGGAGUACAAGAGCUGGGUGUUGUCCCUGCUCAGAAAACAUGGGGUUCAGAGGGUGCUGGAUGUAGCCUGCGGCACAGGGGUGGAUUCCAUCAUGUUGGUAGAGGAGGGAUUCAGGGUGGUCAGUGUGGAUGCCAGUGACAAAAUGCUCAAAUAUGCUCUUAAAGAGAGGUGGGAGAGGAGAAAAGAGCCAGCCUUCGAUAACUGGGUAAUUGAGGAGGCCAACUGGCUAACAUUACCAGAAGAUGUUAAGAAACCUGGAGAUGGGUUUGAUGCGGUAAUCUGUCUAGGGAACUCAUUCGCUCAUUUACCAGACUUCAGAGGGGACCAAAGUGAUCAGAAGCUUGCCUUGCAAAACAUAGCCAGCAUGGUGAAACCUGGAGGGAUCCUAAUUAUUGACCACCGUAACUAUGAUUACAUCCUGGAGACUGGCCAAGCGCCCCAAGGAAAGAAUAUUUACUAUAAGAGUGACCUGAAGCAGGACAUCUCCACCUCAGUGUUGUGGGUUAAUAACAAGCCUCACAUGAUCACACUGGACUACACUCUCGUACUGCCUUCACCAGAGGGCAUUCAGACUCCGCCAGAAACAAGUAAAUUCCGCCUGUCAUACUACCCCCAUCGUGUGGAGAGCUUUAAGGAGAUUUUAAAAGCAGCAUUUUUUGGAAAAUGCGAGCACAAUGUAUAUGGUGACUUCAAGCAAUUCACCCCAGGGCAAGGAGAAGUGCCCUGUUAUUUCAUCCAUGUGGUUAAAAAGAUGACUUAAAGCCACAUGAAUUCUGCAAUUCACAUUUCAUCUUCAGAUGGAAAACUGUGUUUGUCUUUGCAAAUGCCUUGACUGAACACAUCAGGGAAUUCUUUUAGUUCUUUUGCUUUGAAAGUGUAAAAUGUGAUUUUGGGAUUUCUUACACACAUUUGUACUGUGUUGUAUUCUGAACUGGUAAGACAAACUCUUAAUUUUAUUGCUUAUUAUUUCCUUCAUGCUUCACUUUCAUAUUAGACAUACUUGUUCUUUAAUUUUUUUAUUUUUACCUUUUUGGAAUAUUGUUGAAACCCUUUACAACCCUGGUUUAAUAUCCAGAUUCCACACUGAGUUGACCUAUUGUCUAAAUGUAGAGCCAAUCACUUUGUAUCGUCCAGAACUGCAGUUCCAGAAUAACAGCUUAAUUUGCAUUGAACAUUUUACAUGUAUUGUACUUUACAGUACACUGUUAAGAGCCUGUUCACACAGAAUGUGUUUUUGUAUUCCACUGCUCUGCUUUGUAAUUGUUUUUCUAAACGUGCUAGAUGUACAUGUUUGGCCAUUGGCUCAUAUAUCAGAUUAUAAAAUCAUAAAUAGAUAAACACCAAAUUUUUCCUCUCCCAAAUGUAUGUAAUAUAUUUAAAAUUAAUAUAAAUUUAAUUGUAAGAAUGGUUGUGAGGUCACAGGUAAUCACAUCCAUGCUAUUCAGACCAACAAUAGUAUUCGUGCUGAUAUUACUUUUAUGUUAACACUUUACAAUAAGGUUCAAUUAGUUAAUGUAUUAACUAACAUGAACUAACUAUGAGUAUUUUUACUGUAUAUGUUAAUCUUUGUUAACAUUAGUUAAUAAAAAUACAGCUGUUCAAAGUUUGUUCAUGUUACUUCAGUGCAUUAAUGCCUUACUGUAAAGCGUUACCACUUUUUAUCUUUGUUUAAUAAACAAAUUAUUAUUUAGUAAUUUGCAUUUUAGACACAAUAUUGCAAACUUCACUUACACUUACUUAAUGAACUACUUGAAUGCACAGUGUGAUGUAGUCAUACUACUGAAUCUUGAGACAAAUGCAUACCACAUUAGAUUAGACAUUGUAUUUUCACAGCUAUAUCAUUACUCUGUUUCUUUCAAAAAUGAUUUUAAGUGCUGAUUCUUUGCUAUUUUUCAGGGGGCAUUAAAUAUGCACUGGCUGAUACAUAGUGUAAUGAACUGAUACACAAAGAUUAAAGUUUACUGUACCAUUUUUUUAAUGUUUAAUGUUUUUUUCUUAUGGAGUUUUUGCAUUUGUUGCUUUUGGCUUGCUUAUUGGGUGCUCUAACACUAUUUUCCUUCCAUGUGUACUGAACCAUAUGCCAAGUUCAUAUGUCAUGUUCAUGUGUAAAACAUGUUCAAAAGUUGGAUUAAUUAAACCAAUUAGUUAGAUGUCGCUAAAAAGCAACUACAUAUUUUCUAGUUUUGAGUCACAAAUACUAAGAAGUGUGAAUUACUUAAAACUACAUAAAUCCCCAUGGUAUAGCUAUAGACCAACAGAAUUCACCCAAAUGUUGUCCCAACUAGUUGUCUGAACAAAGAAAUUUAAAUUGAACAAUAUUGAUGAAAUGUAAAGAUUUGUGAGUUCCCAGCAUGAAUUGCAGCAUGAAUAAAUUAUGUGGUUACUGUAAGAGAA